AAGAAAGUCGUGCCACACCGAAAACCAUUUCUGAGUGACAUGAAAAAGACAUUUUUGCUCAAUGGCAAAAAAACUGCGGAAAAUCAUGUCAAAAAUAUUAAUAGGUUAAUAAAUAUUAGUGCAGUAAAUGUGCAUUUAUUAAGAAUAUAAAGUUAUAUCAUUAAUGUGAAUAGCACAGUGAGAUAACUUACACUUGGGUGUGAUAUAAUGCGUGGUAUUGUAAAUCAUAUUUACAUAUUUAAAAUUGAAUAUUAAAUAUAAAAUCAGAAGAUACUAUUCGGACGGGAUUAGUUUUACAUAGGGAGGUGGGGUAAAGCAAUUUUUAUCAGAGCUUCUCAGUGAGUUUAGUCCUGUCCGAAUGCUCCAUGCCAGUAAUCAUUACGGACAAUCUCAGUAAAGAUUACGGUGACUUUUACCUUUUGUAAAAAGGUCCGGGGAAAUUACCUCAGGUAAUACUAAUCCAGUGCGAAUAGACCAGCUGUAAAUAUACACGUAAAUUGCGUCAUUUCCAUUCAAUUUGCGUGUUUCUUUUAAAUAUAAAAGCGUUUGAAGCAUUUACUUUAGUUCUAGGUGGAAAAACAAGUCAGUGGCAAGUCAGUUCCUGAAUAACACGACACAAAGUUUUUUUUAAAAAAGUCUGACGCGCUGCGCAAUCGAGUUACCCCUCCCACUUUUUAAUUUUUUUUAGAGAUUUCUAAUCCUGUCUGAAUUGACUAUUAAUAUUACAGACGUCCUGUGGUAAAAUUACAUUACACCAUCUACCCCUGUAAAACUAAUCCCGUCCGAAUAGGGCUAUAGUAUAACUGUGAGAUAUUUCAGUGAGUUUAUGAAAAACAAAGAAACUAAAUGAGAAAAAGCCUUUAGUGCUGAGCUGAAACAGUUUAUCCUUUGUUGAAUGUAGGUGUUGCUAUAGUGAUGUCAAUCAUGUUGGCUCCUCCUCCUCUGAUCUUUCUCCUCAUGAUUCACGUUUAUAGUGCUAAAGAUAAGUGGGGUGUGAAUUACAGACCUUUAUCCAUCUGUGCACUAAAGGGUUCAACAGUGAUAAUAAACUGCACUUAUAAAUACCCUACACAAUAUAAGAUCAUGAAAGUGUUCUGGACCAAAACUGAUGUUAAAGGAGAAGAUGAAGAAUUUCCAGAUCUGUCCGAAGACUCUGAAUACAGUCAGAGGAUUCAGUAUCUGGAAGAUAAACAUCACGACUGCACCAUCAGACUGACUGAUGUGAGACAGACAGAUUCACACAAAUACUAUUUCAGAUUCAUCACUGAUAAACCUGAUGGCAAAUGGACUGGUGUUCCUGGAGUGACUCUUGAUAUCACAGAUCUUCAGGUGGAAUCUUUAGGUGAGAAAGUGACAGAGAGACAUUCAGUGACUCUUACAUGUAAAAGCAGAUGCAGUCUGACUAACAGAUCAACAUUCAUCUGGUUUAAAAACACACAGUUAUUAAGUCAGAGAUCAGACAGAAACAAUCAACUCAUCCUGCAGUCAGUUACAAGAAACGAUUCAGGCAACUAUAGCUGUGCUGUACAGGGACACAAUCUCACAUCAUCUCAUCACUAUAUCAAUGUCAUCUAUCCUCCAGAAGAGACUUGUGUGGUGGUGAAUCCAUCUGGUGAAAUAAUGGAGGGUGAUUCAGUGAAUCUGACCUGCAGCAGUGAAUCAAAUCCACCUGUUCAUAACUACAGCUGGUUUAAGGUGAAUGAAACAUCAUCUGUUGGAUCUGGACAGACGUACAGCAUCACUAACAUUAACUCCAGUCACAGUGGAUUGUUUUACUGUGAGGCUCAGAAUAAAGUCGGAUCUCAAAAAUCUGAUGCGGUUUCAGUCAAUGUUAAAGGAGGAAAAGACUCAGUCCUGUAUGUGGUUGCUGGAGUCUCAGUUGGAUGUGGAGUUUUUAUUUUGAUUCUCUUCAUUGUGUUUGUGUGGAAGUGCAAACACAGACCUGAUGACAUCAGACAAAAUCAGGUAAAACAAUAAACUGACUGCAGAUCAGUAAGAAUCAUUCACAGUGGAAAUGCAAAUGUCAAUUUAGGCAUUGUAGUUAAACCGACAUUAGUGUAAGUUAAAAGUUCGAUUAACAGGAUAGUAAA